AUCAAGAUGGCGACGUCGACCAGGAAGUAGGUAAACAACCGUACGAGGAUAGAAAAAUAUGGAUUAAACCCCUUCAAUCCGUUUUUUCUGAUCCAGAAACGCCCAGAUUGAGUGGUCGUUAGUGCUCGUGGAGGGGUUUCGCGGACAGUGGGGGUUAAUUAACGCGCGAGACGGCUGGAGAAUGACAGGGCUCUGACAUGUGACCAUGUUUCUGCUCGGAGACUGAUGCCCACUCCUGCUGCGUCUGUUGUCAUGGAAACGGAGGACUUGAUGCCCCCCGAGGGCCCUCAGCUUGGGAGCCCGGAGUUCAGCGCUGCCAGUCUUCCUCUCACAAGUUCCAUGGAGAGUCAGCUGUGUCCGUCGAACUCAUGGAUGUACCCACAGCAAACUCCGUACAACCAGCACUAUCCUAUGCAAUCUGGCAGGCAGCUCCAGCUGAACCCGUCCUCGGGCCUGGACCUAUCUGACAUCGACUUUCACGACCUUGUGCAGAACGGAGACUUCUCCCAGGAUCUGUGCAUAGACGAGCUGUCCAACACAUCGCUGUUCUCCUCGGCAUCUGAUUCUCUGUCGGAGUAUCCAGUCCCUUCAGGGUUUGGCAGUGAUAUCCUGUCACAGAGACCCGCCGAGGGCCCUGUGCCACAGAUGUACUGGGAAAUACCUGGACACAGUCAGAGACAGCAGAAUCUGAGCGCGUUUAAUGGGAGGUUUGAUGACUUCAGUGCUAUCCUGCCUGCGUCAGUCACAGGAUUUAAGCCUGCUGCUCCUCCGCCGCCGCUGGAGGAAGAGGAGGAGGCAGAUGAGGAAGAGACGGAGGAUUUGGGGCAUGCGGACACGUAUGCAGAGUACAAGCCAUCCAAAUCUACUAUAGGAAUCUCUCACCCUGACAUCGUGGUGGAGACCAACACACUGUCCAGCGUUCCUCCUCCUGACAUCACCUACAUACUGUCCAUUCCCGACAGCACCAUUAGCUCCGGCCGGCUGUCCGCUCUGCAGCUGGAGGCCAUCAUCUACGCCUGCCAGCAACACGAGGUGAUUCUUCGUAAUGGUCAGCGGGCAGGGUUUCUGAUCGGAGACGGAGCUGGCGUCGGAAAGGGCCGCACUGUGGCCGGAAUCAUACUAGAGAGCUUUUUAAAGGGACGGAAGAGGGCUCUAUGGUUCAGUGUGUCAAAUGACCUGAAGUAUGAUGCUGAGAGAGAUCUCAGAGACAUAGACGCUCCCAACAUCCCUGUGUUUGCUUUAAAUAAGAUUAAAUACGGAGAUAUGGCUACCUCGGAGGGCAUUUUAUUCGCCACAUACUCUGCUCUGAUCGGAGAGAGCCAGGCCGGCGGUCAGCACCGCACCAGACUCAAACAGAUCCUGGACUGGUGCAAACCAAACUUUGAUGGGGUCAUUGUGUUUGACGAGUGUCAUAAGGCUAAAAAUGCGACCUCCACCAAGAUGGGUAAAGCUGUGCUGGAUUUGCAGAAUAAACUGCCCCGAGCAAGAGUGGUGUACGCUAGUGCCACAGGUGCUUCUGAGCCAAAGAAUAUGAUAUACAUGAGCCGACUGGGGAUCUGGGGGCAAGGAACGCCGUUCAGGACGUUUGAAGACUUCCUGCAUGCUAUUGAGAAGAGGGGGGUCGGUGCAAUGGAGAUUGUGGCCAUGGAUAUGAAAGUGAGUGGCAUGUACAUCGCACGCCAGCUGAGCUUUUCUGGCGUGUCUUUCCGUAUAGAAGAGAUUACACUGGACCAAGAGUUCAAACUGGUCUACAACAAAGCUGCUAGACUGUGGGCCGAGGCUCUCGUGCUGUUCACUGGAGCUGCGGAGACGUUGGGUCUGGCGUCCCGUAAGUCUCUGUGGGGUCAGUUCUGGGCGUCACACCAGAGGUUUUUUAAGUAUCUGUGCAUCGCCGCUAAAGUCCGUCGUCUGGUUGAAAUCGCUCAUACUGAGAUGCAGCACGGCAAGUGCAUCGUGAUUGGCCUGCAGUCCACAGGAGAGGCUCGUACUCGAGAGGUGCUGGACGAGAACGACGGACACCUGGACAGAUUCGUCUCCGCUGCUGAGGGUGUUUUCCAGUCAUUAGUUCAGAAACACUUCCCAACACAGAAACCUAAAAGAGAGAAAACCGCCGCAAGCAAGAGGAAACGAAAACCCAGAAGCCGGCCUUUAAAAUUUCCAAAGCACUGUGUGGAAGUGGGCGGGGUUAUUAAAAUCAGCGACGAUUCAGACUCCGACUCGGAUGAGAUUGACAGCUACUCGAACUCCUCCCCUGAAUCGCUACAGGACAAUGACGAUGUGAUUUUCUUGAACCACAUCAACGGGCCUACCGCUAAACUAGAAGAACUCAAGCAGAGGAUGCUGGGAAAAAUAGCAGAGCUGGGGAAAGAGCUGCCGCUUAACACUCUUGACGAGCUGAUCGACAGGUUUGGAGGACCAGAGAAGGUUUCUGAGAUGACGGGUCGUAAGGGGCGUGUGGUGCGGCGUCCUGAUGGCAGCGUUAGGUAUGAGACCAGAGCGGAGCAGGGCCUGACCAUCGACCACGUCAACAUCAGAGAGAAAGAACGCUUCAUGACCGGAGAGAAGCUGAUAGCCAUCAUCUCUGAAGCAGCUAGUUCAGGCAUCUCUCUACAGGCGGAUAGACGUGUGCUGAACCAAAGGAGACGAGUUCACAUGACCCUAGAGCUGCCGUGGAGCGCAGACCGAGCCAUCCAGCAGUUCGGUCGAACGCAUCGCUCUAAUCAGGUUACAGCUCCAGAGUACAUCUUCCUCAUCUCUGAACUUGCUGGAGAGAGACGCUUCGCCUCCAUCGUUGCCAAGAGAUUGGAGAGUCUGGGGGCUCUGACACACGGGGACCGACGAGCCACUGAAUCCAGAGACCUGAGCCAGUACAACUUUGAGAACAAAUAUGGCACCAAAGCGUUGGAUAAGAUCACUAAAGCCAUCCUCAGGCAAAUCGACAACAAGGUCCCUCCACCGAAGGGCUACCCAGGAGGAGACAUCAUGUUCUUCAGAGAUAUGAAGCAAGGCAUGAUUGAUGUGGGAAUCUUCUGUAAGGAGCCGCGUCUAAGUCAGAAUACAGAGAGAGAUUGCUCCAUUACUAAGUUUCUGAACCGUAUUUUGGGUUUGGAGGUCCAUCAGCAGAACUCUCUGUUCCAGUACUUCACCGAUAACUUCGACUACCUGAUCAACAAGGAUAAAAAAGAGGGAAAAUAUGACAUGGGAAUAUUGGAUCUCGCUCCUGGUAAUGAUGAGAUUCACGAGGAAACACAGGAGAAGUUUCUGACUCCAGGAAACCCUCAGGAGGGCCAAGUCAUCCUCUAUAAGAUCAGUGUUGAUCGUGGGAUGCCCUGGGAAGAUGCCUGCAGUAAAGCAGAGAAACUCACUGGAGAAUAUGAUGGUUUUUACCUCUCAAACAAGUUGCGUGGGAGUCAGCCGUGUGUCCUGCUCGCCGAACAGGGUCGGGGUCGGAAUCUCAUCCUAUAUAAGCCCAACAUCGGCAAACAGGUUCAUCCGGAGAACCAGGACAACCUGCUCCUGAGAUACUACAAGGUGACACCUGAUGAAGCAAAGGAUUUCUGGGAGAGUCAGUUUGUCUUUUCUUUCACCAACUGCAUGCAUGCCAACUGGAAGGGUAAGUGUAAGCUGAUCGAUGAGGGCCAGGAGUGUUUUCAAGGGAUGCGUCUCAGGCAGUAUCACAUGCUGUGUGGAGCGCUGCUGAGGGUCUGGAAACGAGUGUCUGACAUCGUCUCAGACAUCACCAACUCCAGCAUCCUGCAGAUCGUACGGCUCAAAACCAAACAGAACAGCAAGCAAGUCGGUAUCAAAAUCCCAGAGAACUGCGUCCUCCGCGUGCGCGAGGAGUUAUCUCAGAUGGACGAGAAGGCGAAGAAAGAGCGGCGGGAGAGAGAGAAGUUAGCACAUGAGCAGCGCAUACGCCAAGAGAUGCUGACCAAGAUGAUCAUCGCAAACCCUCCUCCCUCCCAUCACUACCCACGAUCCCUUCUGCCUCCAAAGAGCGAAGCCGUCAGCGAGGUCUUGGAUCUGACCGUCAGCCCCUGCCCAUCGCCGGACAUCAAGACGCCUGUGCCAGACCUAAACGGCGUUUCCCUCCAUGGACGCAUGCUAGACGUGAGAGCACGCCCGGGUGCCGUUGUUCCCGAGACGUACAACUUGGAAGAUUUGAUCUCACGGGAGCAGCACAGACACAGACAGGUGGCGCCGCACCCGAACAUGCGCAUGUUGUCAUCGUCGCAAGUCCCUCAGCAGCACAUUCACACACUAAAGCAGAAUCAUUCGUCGUUUGGGGUGCUAACACAUCAGCAGCAGCAGAGCGGUUCACGCACACAACCGUCCGAGCAGUACAGAGUGCUUCUAUCGCAGCUGCAGCGAGGGCAAGACACAUCGCUCGUGCUGCGGCUUCUCACACAAAUGCAACAGCAAACCGGCGUGUCGCCGCAAUGCUCGCACGCAAUGCUACGCCAGAACACUCAACGCGUGAUGCACACCUCAAACGCACAAUUGCUCGGCAUGCACUCGCAGCUCCCGAAACAACAUACCAGCGAACAUGCGCAGUCGCAAUCCCUUCCAUCGCAACCCCAAACCAUGCAAUCACAUGCCACUCAGCCUGCUACAGAAACAACGAACAGCGAGUUUGAUUUCGACGACUUGGACUUCGGUUACCCUUCGCCAGAUUCGCAACAUCAAUACCCGUUCACCUCUCAAGCUUUGACUCCGCCCCCUCCUGUUUACUCCUCCCUCUUCGUGUCAGCGCCGACAAACUCCUCCUCCCUCUCGGACUCUAGCUCCUCCUCCUCGCACUUCACCCCAUCGUCCUCUUCCUCCGAACAGACGCAUCUGUUACCAAACGGCCACAGCAGUAUGGUCGCCCCAGAGACGCUGAUCCACGGACCGCCCUCGGAUCACCGCCAAUCCGUCAUCCAGUUCAAAACAACAGACUAGGACGCCACCUAGAGGCUCAAACAUGCACAGUCAGAAGUUCAGUCGAGUUCGUUCCCAAGUCAUUCUCAGUCCAUAAGCUAAGAGUUGCAUUCGAUUCGUUGACGAUCAAUGAAGACUUGAAAUCAAUUGGUGUUUGCCUUAUUUGAGGCAAUAGGGCUUAUCCAUCUGACAUUUCAUCACAGCAGACAUUGAGGUAAAAGAGAUGUUUAUUUAUUAAGAUAUUGGUGUAUACUGUUUCCUCUCCAAGGGAGUUUAUCUUUUUCGAAUGAAUGCCUUCUGUUAAAUCAGUGCCUUUAUCUCCUUCAGAUGCAGUCUUGUGUGCGUAUAUAUAUAUAUUUCUAGACAGAGUAGUGUUGUAUUAUUUAUUCCCUCUGGCGUCGGUUCUCCG